AUGAUUGGGCUGCUUCUGCAUUGUACCGAAACCGAUAACACCUACAGUCUUGUCCAAACUUCGAUGCCUGACAAGUAUUCAAUUCAAUUAUCAACCCCUUCGCAUUACCGUCCGUUUCGCGCAAAGAAUCUUCAAGCUCUCAUAAAUUUAUUCCUUUUCAUACAUUCAUUGCGAAUCUUAUUGUUAAUGGCUGUGGAAGAAUUGGUUGAGCUCAAAUUCAGGCUUGCUGAUGGCAGUGAUAUUGGACCAAUCAAAUACAGUUCCAGUACAACUGUGGGAUUUCUCAAAGAAAAGAUAAUUGCACAAUGGCCCAAAGACAGAGAAAAUGGACCUAAAUCUAUAAAUGAUUUAAAGCUUAUUAACGCGGGAAAGAUACUGGAAAACAACAAAACACUUAUGGAAUCGCGAUUGCCACUCACUGAAGUUCCUGGAGGUGUCAUUACUAUGCAUGUCGUUGUGCGUCCUCCUCUUCUGGACAAAAAUACUGAUAAACAGAAGGAUGAUGCCAUGAAGAAAGGAGUAUUACACCUGUUAAUAGAUGCAAAGAAGCGAGAAUGCCAAGUUUACUUGUUUGUUGCCAUUGUCACGCCGGUUCAGUGCUUUGCCAUUGUUGGUGCCCAAUUGUGGAGCAUAAUGCUUUGCUUUGUGAAUUCAGAUGAUGAAUUGGUUUCACAGGAAGUUGAAAUGCAGUAUUGCAUUUGUAGAACUCAAUAG